GUGCCCGAGGUGCCUGCGUAUCGCGGAGAUGCCGAAGACCCAGAGAUUGGCGACUUCAACUACGCGCUGAUACUGCAGGAGAAGAACAUCAAACAGUGCCAGAAAAUGACGCAAGACGUGAAGAAGAAGUACGAGACGCAGAUCGACUACCUGACGGCGCAGAAGAGAAAGCUCAACAGUAUCUUGCUCAGGUCGCAUAUGCUAAACACGAGGAGCACCCUGGAGGCCAUCAUCUUCGGGGAGAUCAUGCAGACGAUCACGGACCAGCUGAAGGGCAUCGAGGAAGCGCUGACCGCCACGCUCCAGGCGCACGGCAGCCUACAGUUCCGAAGCGAGCCCCCACCUAAAUACCCAUCGAGCAAGGAGUACAUGAAGAAGCAGGUGGACGAGAUCAAUCACCUAGAGGACCAGGCCACGCUGAUCCGCACGCAGCGCGCCAUGGAGCUUGCAAAGAUCACGUUGGGCAUCCCAGCUUGGGACAAAGGUGGCCCGAGCACGUGGGUAUUCUACGGAUGGAAAGAGCAGCGCCCAUGGGUGAACCACCAGAAGGGGCAGGGGAGUGAGAGCGAGAGCCAGGUGAAUGCGGAGGAGAUCGCGAUCACUUCGGACGGUGAGGGUGAGAUCUGA